AUGAUGGACUCUGCAAAUACUAGACUGGAGAAUAUUGCCAGUCAUUUGAUAUUGAAUAAUAAUGAUACUGCUGCUGCCACCGUUGCCGCUGCACCAUUGACAGUGGAGAGCAAUGUGCCAAAGGUUGAUGUUAAAGCUUUGAAGCAAUUCUUUGAUACUCCUCAACACAAUGAGUAUCGCAACAAGGUCAGAGCCUUCAUGGAGACUUCGCCAAUCUUCAAAGUACCAAGCUACAAUCUCAACAUGAAAGACUACAGAGCACUUGUGUUGGAGCAGCUCAAAACAGUGGCCGAUGCAGGAUUUGCCAACUUCUUUGAUGUUAGAGACAACAUCGACAAGAUGUGUGCCUUCGCUGGACUCUUGGCCCAGUUCAACAACAACAUAUAUACUUUGCUCGCAGUGCACUACGUGCUUUAUGGAGGCACGUUGUUGCUGUUGGGCAGCGAGCGUCAUGCUCACUUCACACACGCAGCGGCCAAUCUCGAGAUUGGUUGUUUCGCAAUGACAGAGAUUGGACAUGGAAGUAACGUUCGUGGAUUGGAAACCACUGCCACCUACUGCGCCAAGACUCAGCAGUUCAUUAUCAACUCGCCAACGCCAACUAGCCAGAAGUUCUGGAUUGGUGCGGCCGCCCAGCACGCACGCAACGCCACCGUCUUUGCGCGUCUGAUCGUCGCGGGCAAGGACCAUGGCAUCCACGCACUCGUCGUGCCAAUCAGAGACAGCUUUGGUCGCUCAAUGCCUGGCGUCACACUUCGCGAUUGUGGUCACAAGCUUGGUCUCAAUGGCAUUGACAAUGGACAGAUCCACUUUGAUCACGUGGCCAUCCCCAGGAUCAACCUGCUCAACAAGUUCUCAGACGUCACCGAAGACGGCCAAUACAAGUCACAGUUCAAGAACCCAUUGCAGAACUUUGGUGCCACUAUGGGAGUGUUCAUUGCUGGACGUCACUACAUGUCCAAGGCAGCAUCUGGAGCAUCAAAGACAUGUUUGACUAUUGCCAUCCGUUAUGCUCAUGAGCGCAAGCAGUUUGGACCUGAGGGUGCUGAUGAGCAACCACUCUUCACUUUACCAGCACAUCAACGUAGACUUUUGACUCCACUGGCCAGGACAAUCCUGAUGGAUUCAUACCUACACUACCUCGCCCGUCGUAUGGAUGGAGGACACUUGGGCAUUAGCGCACAUGCUCAUUGCUCAGGACUAAAGGCUGUGUUCACAUGGCAAGCAUUGAAGACAUUCCAGAUCUGUAGAGAGUCAUGUGGAGGACAAGGCUUCAGGUCACAGAAUAGAAUCGCAGCGUUCAAGAGCGACUGCGAUAUCAUGGUCACAUACGAGGGCGACAACACAGUCUUGAUGAUCCAGGUCGCCAAGUUCUUGCUGUCUGGCAAGCACAAGUUGGCCAAUGUACCAGAGACAGCGAUCACCUCAGUCAAUGAAUUGUCCGAUCUCAACAAGCUGCAUGCUUUGUUCACAACACGUGUCAAGUACCAGGUUCAAUUCCUCAAGGACACGAUCAAGAAGAUUGGAGGCAAUUCCUAUGAUGCAUUCUCCAAGGCGGCACCAUGGGCCAUGCAAGCGGCAGCGGCCUACACCGAUCUGACCAUCCUGGAGAAUGCCAUCAGGGAUGUCAAGGCUGGCGCCCCCGCACCCAUGGCUCAGAUCACCCUAUUCGACACACUGGAGAGAUUGGAGCAAGACCUCGGAUGGUUCGCAACCAACAACUUGAUAACACCAGCCGUUGCCAAUCAACUACCUUUCAAGAUCAUGGAGCUUGUUGCCUGUCUCGCACCACAAGCUCUUGCUAUCGUUGAUGCUCUUGCCGUUCCACAAGUGUGUCUACCCUCUACCUCUUUGAUGGAUGGACUCUUUGACUAA